CUGUGUAGAAAUUUUUCAGUAGAUGAUGUAACGUCGUCAACGGAUUCCGGUGAUUCAGAUGAUGGCGAUGUACCGCUAAAGUCUAGUUCAAGCCAUAUUUAUUUUGUUCAUAACGACGAAGUGUUUUCGAUUUAUCGUUGUAUUCUCCAUCCUGGUGAAUCUACAGUUUCCGUAGCGGUGUUUGGUAGACCUCUGGAUUGUGCUAUAUUUCUUCUGGCUGGUGGUCAUUUUGCUGCUGGUGUGUUCGCAGCAGACAAAAUGAUAGCGCAUAAAGCGUUUCAUCGUUACGUGGUGCGGGCGAAACAAGGCAGUGUGCAAAGUGUUAAUGACAGGUCCAAAGGCGCUGCACAUUCAGCUGGCGCCAAAUUGCGUAGAUACAACGAGCGCGCAUUACGAGAGGACAUCGUGACAGUGUUGACAUCAUGGUCAGUGCAUCUCGCUAACACACCACUGGUAUUCAUUCGAUGUGCAAGUUACCAACGCGUUAUAUUCCAUGAAAUUGAUGAAGGUGGAUUCAACAGAAAGGAUCCGAGAUUAAGGACAAUUCCAUUUGAAACGAAACGUCCACUUGUAGAUGAGGUGCGACGUGUGUGGGAACGUCUAAGUUCUGUCUUUCGCCAUGGCACAGUCAAUGAUUUUAUGGCUGAGAGAAGAAGGCGAAAACAAAGGGUGAAAUACCUUCUUGAAGUUGGCUGCAAUCCUUCUAUCAAAAAUGAGAACGAUAUGGUAGCAUACGCUGUGUCGGCAAAUAAAGCCAUAAAGAAAGUGUUUAUUCAAUUUCGUAGUGAAAAUCCGAACAAGUGGAAUUGGGCAAGAUGUCAUAUACCGGAACCGACACAGAUAACUGAUGAGCAAAUUGCUAAAAUGACCGAGAAAAAGAAAGAAAAGAAACAGAGACAAAAAGACAGGAGCAAAAUGAAGAAAGAAGCGGAGAGGAAAGAGGCGGAAGAGAUGGUGCGUGGUGUUUCUUGGGUGAUAUUAUUUAAAUUGUCUAAGUUUUGUAAAAGGAGCCGUGAUAUAGAACACUAUGUUUUCAAUAGGAUGAAAUUUAUACACAGUUGA